AUGUGCAGCCCAGGUGGAGCAUACAGUAAGGGGUACAAGCCAAUGAACCACCAGGACUUUGUUCGUUCUCUGUCUGCCCGAAGACGCUAUUGGGCUCGCAGCUUCAUUGGCUGGCGGAGAUUUUCAGCUGCCCGGCCGGGCGCAGCGCACAGGGCACUAGCGCGGCUGCAUGAGAGGGGAAGACUGGCAGGCGGCAUUAUCACUCAGAACGUUGAUAGACUGCACCACAUUGGGGGAAGCCCAGCCCUUGAGCUCCACGGCACUACACAUGAGGUGGUCUGCAUGCAAUGUGGAGACAUUUCAUGUCGAAGAACCUUCCAGGAAAGGAUCAAAGGGGCCAACCCAGAGUGGGCAGCGGCGGUGGAGCAUUUGGAGGAGGGAAAGCCAGCAGGGUCAGACGAGUCGUUUGGCAUGCGGAGGCGACCAGAUGGGGAUAUUGAGAUUAGCGAGGAGGAGUGGGAGAGGCAUGGGGAGUUUAGUGUGCCGAGCUGUGGUGAAUGUGGUGGCGUGUUGAAACCCAAUGUAAGUAGCUUGCAUGCCAACCAAUUGCAUUUCCAUGUUUUGUUUCAAGGCGUCUCAAGAAUCGGUUGA